UUUAGCAUUUUAUGUAACCUUUUAUAUAAUUUUACUUUCACUUUCAUUUUGACGAAGGACACCGAAAAUUGCAUGAUGUUGCGAUUCUUCCGUAAUACAAGACAAUACUUGCCAGCUAUUGCCAGAAGAGGAUACUGCGAAGCAAUUACAGAGCUCACUGAAGGAGAAAAGAAAAUUAUAUCUGUACUCCAGUCAAAGUUCCCAUCAGCCACAAAAAUAGAAGCCCAGGAUAUAUCAGGUGGAUGUGGUGCAAUGUACACUGUCUUUGUGGAAGCAGACGAAUUUAGAGGACAGAGGUCAAUAAAACAGCACCGCAUGGUGAAUGAGGCAUUGAAAGAAGAAAUCAAGGAUAUGCAUGGAUUGAGGAUAACAACUGGGGUACCUGGAGGAUAGCAAUUUUCAAAAGCUCAGAAGAAUUAUGGAUUUUUACGUGGAAUAAUGUAUGAUUAUGUACUUGAUUGAAGAAUGCCUUGCUUUUGAUACUUGUACUGUGACAAUUGUUUGAAUCUGUAUGUAUUAAAAUAAUGUAAUACAGGUUACAAAUUUCAA